AUGGGAAACAAAGCCUCAGCCAUUCACUCCUCUCGAGUCACAAAGAAAGCAAAGAAGCGCAACAAUCUUCGAGGAAUGUUCAAUUAUCCAAACGGACGAAACAUCCGCGAGCAAUACAAUUCGACUAGAGCAAACCAAUGGGUGACUGUCUUCUUCAACUGGGCUGACCACAAAUACAACGACGAAGAGUUGAUGGAUCUUGUUGUGGCUCGCAUCAACGCCCGAGACGGUAUCAUUUCGUCCGAACCGGUCCAUCACGAUGUCAAAUGGUGUCUAUCCCUACGUGUCCCAGAAUACUGGAAUCCCAGCGAUGUUUCAAUUACUGCCGCGGCCAAGGUCAUUGCAAAAUGGCAUCAAAGUGAAAUGCGCAAUGCCGGCCUAUGGAUCCUUGCUUAUUCUGCUAUUGCUUUCACUAUCAACCAUGCGAUCAUCAUGUUGAUGUUGAACGGCUUCCAGCGGGUUCUGGUAUCCCAAGUGCCCGUGGUUGAGCAACCAGGUCAUGAGCGGGAGCGUUGGCUGUAUAUAAAUGGAAUUGCAGCUGGGGAUCACUGGGUACAAAUGAACAUCGAUCAACUGUCAUACAUCUUUGGUCGGAAAGUGACGGGCGUGCAUAAUCGGACUGCGGGCAUUGUCUUUGAUCUCAUCGAAUGUCUAAUUCAACGUGAUUUUUCAUACGCUACUGACGAUAUACGACAAUCCUAUGCCUUGGUCAAGGAAGCUCUCUUGGACCCAGAAUGCGACAAGGUGGUCCUGAUUCUUCAUAGCCAAGGUGGUAUUGAAGGAGGACUUGUCGUAGACUGGCUUCUGGAUGAGUUACCACACGAUAUUCUUCAUAACUUGGAGGUAUAUACCUUCGGGAAUGCCGCAAAUCACUUCAACAACCCGCGAUGGACAAAACCAGCAAGUUCACGAAGAAUCUCAACACCUGAUCUAGUGCAUCAAUCUGGCCAAACCAUCGGCUACAUCGAGCAUUACGCCAACGCAGCUGAUAUAGUGGCUCUGGGGGGAGUGCUCCACUUCGUGGACAUCCCAAAUCGAUACAUGGGCCGGCUGUUUGUGCGCCCGAAUUCAGGCCAUCUACUCAACAUGCAUUACCUGAGCAACAUGUUUACCCUAGGCCCUGAUAUGAAAGUACUUGACUCGAAUCCAUUCAUGGAUAUGGAAGUCGAACCAUGGGCAACCGCCGGCAUAAAUGGACAUACGGGCCCUCCACAUCGAGUCAGAUAUCAACCCACUAUAGCCCGAGACGAGGCGUUUCUCCCCGCCGAAUUGAGCCUGCAACGAUCGCAGCCGAAUGGUGUGGAUCGAGUACUACGUGUCAAGGACUUCAGCCGGCUCUGGCAGUAUAGAAAUGGAGGAUGCCCGAAAGAGACAGAGGCACGGCAUAAUAGUGACACCCGCGAAAACGGCUAUUUUUAG